CCAACCUCCAUUUUCUUAUAUAACUCUUGCAUAGGCAGCAUAUCCUAGUACCAUUCAUUAGCCAUGAAACUGAAGAGCACCAUCACUGGUUAUGCUCUUUGGCUUGCUUUUUCGUUCUUGUAUUUGAUUGUGUCAUUUGAUGUCGUGAUGAGCAAUGCAUUAGGAAACGAAACUGAUAGAUUUGCUCUGCUCAAGUUCAAAGAAUCAGUCUCCAAUGACCCUUUUGGAGUGUUGAGAUCUUGGAAUGCUUCCAAUCACUUCUGCAGCUGGAAUGGAGUCACAUGCGGUCACAGACAUCAAAGAAUAACAAACUUGACAUUACGAGGCUAUAACUUGAGAGGUACCAUAUCACCUUACAUUAAAAAUCUCACAUUUUUGAGGUCCAUCAAUCUAAUAAACAAUAGUUUCUCUGGUGAAAUCCCACACCAAGUUUGCCAUUUAUCUAGAUUGCGAAAUUUGAGUCUCGCUAUAAACAUGUUAGAAGGUGAUUUGUCUGCAUUGAACCUUAGUUAUUGCUCGAACCUAAGAGUGAUAUCACUCAGUCAAAAUAGAUUUACAAGGCUCAUUCCCUCAGAACUUGGCUCUUUAACCAAGCUCUUUUUUCUUAGUCUCUACUCGAACAAACUCGUCGGAGAAAUUCCACCAUCCCUAGCAAAUAUUUCAUCACUUGAACUAUUUUCUAUAGGGGACAAUACUCUGAUAGGUACUGUCCCAAAAGAAUUUGGCAAAUUGAAAAGGUUGAAACUCUUUUCAAUAGAGUCUAAUAACCUGUCUGGUACAAUUCCUCCCUCACUUUACAACAUAUCAUCUUUGAUCAGUUUAUCAAUAGCAGGUAAUCUAUUGGAAGGUACUAUUCCUCCCUACAUAGGCCUUCAACUUUCCAAUCUCAAAGAAUUUCAUAUUGGUGGUAAUAAGUUUUCUGGGACAAUUCCUGAAUCAUUUUCAAAUGCUUCUAAGCUUGAGAUACUUGAUGUUUCUGAAAAUCAUUUAGUGGGAAAAGUUCCAGCUAGUUUGGGGAUCAAUCUACCGCAUCUUAGGAUACUCAAUUUAGAGCAAAAUCACCUAGGAAAGAACUUACCCAAUAGCUUUGAUUUUAUUGCAUCUUUAAGAAACUGCAGUCAAAUGAAAAUCUUGUCUUUGGCAUAUAACAACUUCAGAGGUCCUUUACCAAAAUCUUUAGCUAAUUUGUCAACUCAAAUAACUUAUCUUUACCUUGGUGGGAAUCAAAUAUCUGGAACUAUUCCUCCAACAUUAAAAAACUUGGUCAACUUAAUCCUCUUAGCCAUGGAAUCUAAUCUUUUGGAAGGUGUCAUUCCAACUUCUAUAGGGUCGUUAAGGUCCUUGCAAAUUUUGGAUUUGAAAGGGAACACUUUAUCAGGAAAGAUCCCUUCAUCCUUUGGAAACCUCACUCAAAUCUCAGAACUUAGUUUAUCAGACAACAACUUAGAUGGAAGCAUUACUCCAAACAUUGCAGAUUCCCUAAAUCUACAGUUUCUUGAGCUUUCACAAAAUAGUCUUAGUGGAACUAUUCCCAAAGAAGUUUUUGGUUUUCCAUCACUUCUUGAGCUAGACAUAUCACAAAACUCACUCAAUGGUAGCAUACCGGUAGAAGUGGGCAAGCUUAAGACUAUCAGUGUACUCGACCUCUCUGAAAACAAAUUGUCUGGUGAAAUUCCAGACACAAUUGGAGAUUGUAGUGGUCUAGAAUCAGUUUCCUUGCGAGGGAACUUCUUUCAAGGAAUUCUUCCUUCUUCUUUGGCAUCUCUCAAAGGUCUUGUUUACAUGGAUCUUUCACAAAACAACUUGACAGGAAAAAUUCCUAAGGAUUUACAGACACUUAAAUUCUUGCAGUAUUUGAAUAUUUCUUUCAAUGAGCUCGAGGGAGAGGUACCAGACAAAGGAAUCUUUAAAAAUACUACUGUGAUAUCACUUGUUGGAAAUGCCAGGCUUUGUGGUGGUGUAUUAGAGUUCCAACUUCCAAGAUGUCAAGCAAUCAUUGAAUCCAAACAUGGAAAGAAAAAAGAUCUCAAACUGAUAAUCAUAAUUAUCUGUGUGAUUGCAUCUGUCUUAUUUGUUGCAUCACUAUCAUUUAUGUUUUGGAGGAGGAAAUCAAUAAGGAGAUCAUCAUUAUCUAAUUCUGAACUCUCUACAAUCAACUUUCUUUCAAAGGUUUCUUACCAUAGUUUACACCAGGCUACCAAUGGAUUUUCUCAAAGCAUGAUGAUUGGAAUCGGUAGCUUUGGCUCUGUGUACAAAGGCGUACUUGAUCAAGAAGGAAAUGAAGUUGCGAUAAAGGUCCUCAAUCUAAACCAGAAAGGAGCUUCCAAGAGUUUCAUUGCUGAAUGUAAUGCGUUGAGAAAUAUUCGACACAGAAAUCUUGUUAAGAUCUUGACAUGCUGCUCAAGCAUAGAUUUCAAUGGGAAUGAGUUUAAGGCUUUAGUGUUUGAGUACAUGACAAAUGGAAGCCUAGAUAAGUGGUUACAUGGAGAAAACCAAUCAAGGGGUUUGAAGUUUUUUCAGAGGCUAACUAUAGCUAGUGAUGUGGCCUCUGCAAUAUGUUAUCUUCAUAAUCAUUGCGACGAUCCAAUCAUUCAUUGUGAUUUGAAACCAAGUAAUGUUCUUCUUGACAAUGAAAUGGUUGCACAUGUUAGUGAUUUUGGAUUAGCAAGGCUGAUCUUUAACACCAAUAAAAUGUGUGAAACUCAAAGCAGCACAAUUGGAAUGAAAGGAACCAUUGGCUAUGCACCACCAGAGUACGCGAUGGGCAGUGAGCCAUCAAAGCAAGGGGAUAUGUAUAGUUUUGGGAUCUUAUUGAUGGAGAUGUUCACAGGAAGGAGUCCAACUGAUGAAUCAUUCAAGGAUGAUCUGAAUCUCCAUAACUUUGUUCAGAUGGCAUUGCCAGAAAGAGUUGAUCAAGUAGUGGACUCUGCUCUUCUAAGUGGAGAAGCUGUAGAAACCACAAUGAGAAGAGAAAACUACAAUAACAAUAGAGGAACUGGUGAAAUUUACACAGAAGGAGAAAUUAACAUUAGUUUUGAUAACCCAGAUCAGAUAAGCACUAAUUUGUGUAAGUGCUUGAUUUUAAUUUUGGAGAUUGGACUUGCAUGUUCAAAAGAUUCGCCAAAUGAAAGAAUGAACAUAGGCGAUGUGAUCAAGGAGUUACAACAUAUUAAAAAUUCUUAUGUGAGACUUGGGAGGCAAGAACAUAGAAGAAGAACCAGACCACCUAACUAAUUGCAGGAGAUGGGAACUUUAUUGAAGGAGCCCAAAUUAAUGGUGAAGAUCUUUCGUUCUAUAUAAUAUAUAUCAUUUUGAGAAUAAGCUUAAGCAUUUAUCAUCUAACUUGUAUCUAAAUUUUAGUAUUUAGCACAUAUAUGUUACUUGAUUUUUGUCCAUUCUGUUUUGUUUUCAUUUGUUAUGCAUAUUGAAUAUUUUGUAAAUGUAAUCAAAAUGUUUUACAUGUGUUUUAUGCUCUAAGUUGGUAAAUACUUUAUGCAGUCAAUACCAAUUCAUUUAACAAAUUAAAAUGAUAUUUAAGAAGCGACAAAUACAUUGAAAAAAUAAAAACAAAAGACAUGGGAUACAUAACAAUCAUAAGCAAACACUUUGAUUAAGUCUCUCAACUUCUCUCAUCCCUUCUUCAUUCAAUAGCAAAGAGAUUUUUUGUGUGGUUAUAUCAGUCAUAAAUAAACCAACCACUUAAAGAUUAUGAUGACAUGACAUGAAUAAAGGCAGCUCAGAUUUGUCACUCAAAGUUUGUUACUUUCUUUCUCUUAGUUUGAGUUAGUUAAAGUCUAUGUAACAGUUUUGAAACUUGGAUCCUUAGUCUAUAAAAGGAUGCAUAGUCUCAUUUGUAAUGGCAGUAGAAAUAUUAGGUUGAGAGAUACAUAGAGAGACUAAUGUAUGGUUAGGUUUAUUUUUGUAUCUUGAAGCAACAAGGAUAGAGAUGAAGAGAGAAGAACAAAAUUGAGAAACUAGAGGGAAGCAAAGGUCUUCAAGGGUGUUUUCUAAGUGUUCUAAGCUUCAUUGUGAAUAUUGCUCAAGGGACAAGAUCACAAUUGUAGUAGUUUAAGUUAUCUUGAACGAAGUCUUGUAAUAUGCCAUUAUUCAUAGUGUAAAGGAUUCCUUAGAAGGAAUUCAAGGGGAAUAAGCUCUCUACUCAUUGUAGAGGAAAGUUCGAACUCCUCUAAAAUUGCUUGUGUCUUAUUGUUUUCUGUUCUUAUUUUUCUUCAACAUUACUAUUUUUCGUCUCUGUUGUGUUUAAUUCUGGUUUCUAUGAUGUGUUGGUUUUAAUUAUAUGCAAACUAAGAUUGUUAGUUCAUAACACUUUGUUCAAAUGAAAAGAAAGUGAAAAGGUCAAUUCUCCCUUCACAAUAGCCAACGUUCUAAAAUUGUCCUUAAAAUAUACUUGAGACUCCAUGUUAUAGAUUUUGAGUAAAUUGUUCCAUUAUAGUCAUUCAUUACCAAAACAGUCUCUGCAAUUUACAUAAUUAGUAGCUCUUGGAUUGGUUGACACAUGAGGUGUAUUUUUUUUUCUUUUUUCGUUGACUUAUCAUCUUUCCAUGUGACAAAGGAUUGAAUAUUGAGUCAUACCAAUUCCCUCCUCAAUAUGGAAAAGGAUUUUCAAAUUCUAAAAUCUCUUCCAUCUUUUUCCCCAAAUGGUUCCAUAAUCAAGAUUGAUUUUCCUUCUUCCAAACACCAUUUCAAAACAUC